UGUGUCUUAGAAUUGUUAAAAACUGAUAAUAUUUUUUUUUGCGGACGGGAUAUUUAGCGCAAUACCUUUAAUUAGUCAAUAUAUUUAUAGCUUAAUUUGUGUCGCUUGAAAUCUAUAUUAUUCGUGAUAUAUGGAUUGGUUGUCGUAUUAGGAUUUUAAACUCCCCCCACGUGAUAUUUGCACGACAACCCCCCCACUUCAUUAAAGAAAGGAAGUUCCAUUUAGACGACCAAUUGUAACAUAAGAGAAUAUAGUCCUACCACACCAUGGCCCAUACAAAGAAAUUGUAUUUGUCCAAAAACAUGGAAGACCUGGAGCAACUGACCAUCAUUCCAGAUUGCUGUAACAAAAGCAUGAGAAUUCUACUUAACACCGCCCAAAAACUGUACACGACAGCGGAGAAGCACCGUCUAGACGGGGACGAGGAGAUGGCUUAUGUCGCAUACAUGAAAUACUUUAAUAUACUGAACGACAUACGAAAGAAACCCGACUAUCCAAAUAAUAAGGCAGCAGUACGAGAGAAACUUGGUGAUAAAGAAGCAAACCGUCGCAAAAUGGAUGCUCUUGAGAAGAUCAACGAUUCGCUUAGGGAUCGGUACAGGGCUCUACGACAAGUAGCCACACCACCAACUAUAACUAGUAGUCCUUUGGAUCACAUUGGCGACACAGUCAUUAGUAAUGGAGCAAUAUUGUCGUCAUCAUCCCCCAAAGAGUAUGCCCAAUUGGGCAUUAUUAGUUGUGAGUCGUUGUUCCAACGAAUGCAGGAAAAAACGGUUCUGGUUAUGGACUGUCGCUCUAUUGCGGACUAUGAAAACUCUCACCUUACCUACAAUUGGGCAUUUAAUGUACCCGAAGAAAUAAUAUCUUCAGGCAUGUCAGCUGGUAGAUUACAAGCACGACUUAGUAGCCAAUCCAAAGCACUUUGGGCAUCACGUUCCGUUAAGGAGACAGUGGUGUUAAUGGACUGGAACACAAAGGAUGCUGAGCCGGCAUCAAAUACGGCUAUUGCCAUAUUACUUGAUAUUUUAAAGAAUUGGGAUCCGGAUGUCACCUAUCGUGCACCCAUACAAAUUCUUGAAAGUGGCUAUGAAUACUUUAUAAUGAUGUAUCCCAGUCAUUGCACCAAUCCGUCUGUACAGGCGCCAAAACAAAAUAAUAACGACAUUGAGCCAAUUGACGAUAUUGAAUAUCCAUCGCUAAGUGAUAUAACUAUGAAAGAAGACAUCACAUCAUAUGCUCCAGGUGGACGACCUCGGAUCAAUCGUGCUAGUAAAUUGGCUGCCAUGCGCACCAUGAAUCUGGUCUCGAAUGAAGUGAAAUCGGAGCAGGCUAAGCCCAUUGAUGAAAUAUUGCGUGAUCAGGCCAAUUUACUGCAGCGCGCCGAGCACAAUGAUCAAUUGCUUAUAGACGCGAAUAGGAAAUGGAAUACAAUAUUUGAAUUAAAACAACUGCAGGCCGAGGGAGUUGAAUUAAGUCCGAGUGAUCAGGAAUUGCUUUACAAUAUACUUCAACUUGAAAAUACAGCCGAGGAUUAUAAAAUUGAAAACAAUCAUCUGCGUGAGGAUUUAAACCGGUAUAAGGAGGAACAGGCCAUCAAAAAGACAACACCAAAUGGCGAAACUGAGGCCACCAGAUGCAUUGAAUCCAAGAUACUUGAACGUCAAAGGCUCGAUGAAAAGCAUGCCCAUGAUCGCAUAGAACGUGAACGACUCCUGGCGAUUGCCCGUGAGACCAAAAAACUGUAUAAUCCGCCCUCGAUAAUGUCAUCAACAAUCACACCGCCACCACCGCCGCCGCCCCCGCCGGCAAACGAUACAACAAUAAUUCCAAGUCUAGAUCAUGAUUCGAUUGUUGAUAUGCAAAACAUUAAAAAUGGCUUAGGAACUCUACUGAUCGAGCAGGCAGCGGAGUUACCACGAUUUGAUAGGGGCAUGAAACCGCCAUCAAGCACCCAAAUAGUAAAACCAGUGGAAAAAUCACAGCCCCUGGUGCGGGACUUUUCACCUGUUAUAGGUCACAAUGUGGGUCGUGGUUUAACUGGAUUGAAAAAUCUGGGCAACACUUGCUAUAUGAAUAGCAUACUCCAAUGCUUGAGUCAUACGCCACAGUUGACGGAAUAUUGUAUUACGGAUAAAUACAAGAACUAUAUAAGUCGUAGUAACAAAACUAAUGGGCAAGUAAUCGAAGAAGUCGCUGCAUUAAUUAAAGAACUAUGGAAUGGUCAAUAUAAAUGUGUGGCUAGUCGUGAUUUAAGAUAUGUUGUUGGACAGUAUCAGAAAAUCUUUCGUGGCGUCGAUCAACAGGAUUCUCAUGAAUUCCUUACAAUUUUAAUGGAUUGGUUACAUUCCGAUUUGCAAACUUUGAAUGUGAAACAAAAGCGAGAAACAAUCACAGCCUCAGAGAAGGCUUGGAUGGAAUUUACCAAGGCAAAGGAGAGCCUUAUAUUGCAUUUGUUCUAUGGACAAAUGAAGAGCACAGUAAAAUGUGUAACCUGUAAUCGCGAAUCAGCCACAUAUGAAUGUUUCUCAAAUCUCAGUUUGGAAUUGCCAGAAAAUAAAGAACUUUGCUAUUUAAAUCAAUGCAUGGACAUGUAUUUUAGUGGUGAGCGUAUACAUGGUUGGAAUUGUCCGAAUUGCAAAACGAAAAGAGAAGCGAUUAAGAAAUUGGAUAUAUCGAAAUUGCCACCAGUUCUGGUGGUGCAUUUAAAACGUUUUCAUGCGGAUCCCAUCCAGAGCGGAGCUUAUACUAAGAAGCAAAACUAUUUGCGUUUUCCUCUUGAAAAUCUUGAGAUGACUCCCUAUAUAGCGCGCGCUGAAUCUCGUACGGUAACUCCAAAAAUCUAUCAACUAUAUGCAGUAUCCAAUCAUUAUGGCACCAUGGAAGGUGGCCAUUAUACAGCCUUCUGUAAGAGUGCCAAUUAUAAACGUUGGUAUAAAUUUGAUGAUCAAAUUGUUUCGACGCUGGAUACGUCGAGUGUUGUCUCAAGUGCGGCGUACAUUCUGUUCUAUACUUGGUUGCCACAUACGCAAGUAUCAUCUCAUUAAAAUCAUUCGCCUUGCCACCACCCCAACCUCAAUAAAAUUUAUUUUCUUAUCUA